GUAAGUUGAGCUAAAAACUGGAGGAAGAAGCAACAAUGAAGUUUCUUCUACUGAUUCUGGUCCUCCAGGUCACCACAUUCGACACUGCUCUCCCCCUCAAUUAUACAGAAGCAGAAUAUACAGAUGCUAAAACGUAUUUGACACUGUUUUACAACCUUAAUGAAACAGACAGCUACCAAACGAAAAAAAUGAAAUUAGAUACUAAUGUUCUAGAAGAAAAAAUCCAGGAAAUGCAGAAGUUCUUUGGGCUAAAAGUGACUGGGCAGCUGGACAGACCCACUCUGCAGGUGAUGAAAACCCCUCGAUGUGGAGUGCCUGACGUGCACCAUUUCAGCACAAUGCGCCAGAGGCUGGUGUGGAAGAAUCAUUUUAUCACCUACAGAAUCACUAAUUACACUCCUGACAUGAGGCGCCAGGAAGUCGAUGAUGCCAUUCAGAAAGCUUUUCAAGUAUGGAGUGAUGUGACCCCCUUGAGAUUCAGAAAGAUUUAUGCAGGCGAGGCUGACAUUAUGAUAUCUUUUGCUUACGGAGAUCAUGGUGACUUCAAUCCUUUUGAUGGCAGAGAUGGAAUUUUAGCUCAUGCUUUUGGACCUGGAUCUGGUCGUGGAGGAGAUGCACAUUUCGAUGAGGCGGAAACCUGGAGUGCAAAUUCCAGAGGCAGAAAUCUGUUCCUUGUUGCUGUUCAUGAGCUUGGCCACUCCCUGGGGCUCGGUCAUUCCAAUGAUCGAAAGGCCAUAAUGUUUCCCAACUAUGGUUAUCUGGACCCCCGCACAUUUCGCCUCUCUGCUGAUGACAUACGUGGCAUUCAAUUCCUCUAUGGGGGUCCAGCAAAGCCCCAGCCAACAUCACAUCCUGACAGUACAUCAGUUUCCUGUGACCCCAACUUGAGUUUUGAUGCUGUCACUAAAGUGGGAGAUAAAAUUUUUUUCUUUAAAGACCGGUUCUUCUGGUCGAAGCCUCUCGAGGAACCAAACGUCAGAGUUAGCUUGAUUUCUUCCUUAUGGCCAACCUUGCCACUUGGCAUUCAAGCUGCUUAUGAAACUGAAGCCAGAAAUGAAGUUUAUCUUUUUAAAGAUGAUAAGUACUGGCUAGUUAGUAAUUUAAAACCACAGCCGAACUAUCCCAAGAGCAUAUAUUCUCUGGGCUUCCCCCAGCACGUGAAAAGGAUCGAUGCAGCUCUCUUCAACCCGUUUCUCUAUAAGACUUACUUCUUUGUAGACAAUCAAUAUUGGAGGUAUGAUGAAAGGAAAAAGGUCAUGGACCCUGGUUAUCCUCAACUGAUUACCAGGCACUUCCCAGGAGUCAGGCCUAAGAUUGACGCAGCCUUCUACUUCAAAGGACACUAUUAUUUCUUCCAAGGAUCUAAACAACUUCAGUACGAUGUCCAGUUACACCGUGUCACCAAAAGGCUGAAAAGCAAUAGCUGGUUUGGUUGUGAGGAAUGAUGUUUUUAAUGGUGUUUGUCAAUUCACUUCAAUUUAAUAAAUAUUUAUUGUAUAUAUGCUACAUGCUCAAAUACCUCUAUGUAGUUAUAUAUAUCAUAAAAAAGAUAAAAAUCUGCAAGCUACAUGACUGUGCAGUGAAAUGAUUAUAGAAAAUGUAAACCCUUACUAUCCAUUUUUACUUGAUUCUAUUAAGUUUGAAAAUAGGCCAACAGUAUACCUUCAAAGGCCAAGAGUGUACCUUUUGGAGGCUGCUGUAUAGGUUUGUCCCUACCAUCUUUAGACUGAGAAAUUAAGAUUAUUCCUCUGUCUUAACUAAAAUUAAACAUAUUAUUUUGCUUAAAUAAAAAUUUUAAAGAAAAUG